CGUUUUCGGUUGUCUAGAUGAUUUAAACAAACGUUGCGCCGCCUCGGUGUUGCUGUGUAUCGAACGCAUGACGCCGAGCUUUUUAGGGCUGUGCGAUAAUGCUAUAACAGUUGCUACAGUAAAAAAAAAAAAAAAAUGUGUUUUCAUAGUUGAUACAGUCUCGCGGUAGUGUAACGGCCUAUUUUAUACGUGCGAAAUAAUAAAAAGCGCCGCCGCUGAGCAAUGCGCCACGUUAAUGGUUUCUUAUUUAUUUUGUUGGCCUUGUCCCGGUCGACGCGGACCAACGGUAGAAUCUACGACCUCAUGCUGGGUUCGGUGCCGCACACCACGGAGACGAAAUUUCAGUUUCUCAAAGAGAUCAUGAAAGUCGACCACGAAUGGGAUCCGGUACUCCGGGAAAAGGUAAUCAGACCGACGAAACCGACGCACAUCGACUUCCUGAGGGAACAAGAACCGGACGCGGCGGACGAAAAGCCCGGCGACAACAUCAUCGACCCUUUCCUGAUGAUCAAAGACAUACUGCAGAGCUCUUCGUUCGUGGGCUCGUUUGUCAAUUACGCGGUCAGCGUGGUGAAAAUCUCCAUGAGGUGCAUGGCGUCCAAGCACGUGUCGCUGCAUUCGUUGCUGCUUUCCGAGGUGAUCAACCGCGAGAUCAGCGAUCCCGCGCAGCAUUUCGCGACGUUCAAGAACAUUCUGCAAGGGUUCAUCGACAAGCUGGCCAUCAUUGGCGAACGUCUCAGUCCCAUAUCCAAGCUGUUCUGGCACGUCAAACUCAUGACGACCAAGUUGGACGACGACGGCAACAAAGUGGAAUUGGUCAGCAACCUACAGGAAAUCACCGCCAUGGUAUACGACUGGGUGGAGCACCACUGUACGCCCGGUCCGCAGUUCACUUAUUUCGAGACGCUGUCGUUCCCCGAGCCCGUAGUGGUGUUACCCCAAGACGUGCAGAACUUGCCCGACGAUGACAUCAAGCACCAUUUGCUAAACAGUUUGAACAGGAUGAAAGAUAUUAUCGAAACCAUUCCGGUCCAGGCCAUGACUCCAACGCAAUGGGACGACAUUUUGGGUGACCCGAACGUUGAGUUCAACCCUACCGAAUGACGUCGUAUUUAAGAAUGAUAAAAAUAUGUCUGUUCAUUGAAAUAUCUUGCUUACAAUUUAACAUUUUCUUAAUAAUUCUGUCGGUCAAUAAGGAGGGGAUAAGUGAAAAUCGUAUGUAUUUUCUUAUGUCAAAAUUAGGUCAGCCUCACUUUUCACUAAUGAUAAACCGCGGUUAAGGCGCAAACGUCUAUGAAAACUAGAUAGCCUGCUCAGAAUUUAUGUAAAAAUGUUGUUUAUUUUCUCUUAUCAUUUACUUAAAUGAAAAAAAAACAUAGUUUUGACUUAUCCCCUUUUGUCCAAACACCAUAAAAUGUAUGAUAUAAGAUACGAAAUCUAACUAAUUGCUUUAAAAAGUAAGUAGUAUUUUAAAUUCAAAGUACAGAUAUAUUAGCAUCAGGUUUAUUAAAAUGAUAACAAGUUUUUUUCUAACACAUUUUAAAAUACGUUUUAGUUAUAUUUACUGUUUUUACUGUUAUAAUAUGUAUUAUAGUUAAUUUGACAAUUAUUUAUUUAUAAAGUAUUUAAUACUCAUAAUGUAUCAUAC